GACGGCGGCGCCAUUUUGCGAACGACGAGCAGCGGCGGCGGCGCGGAGAAGCGCAGCGGAGGUUUUCCUGGUUUCGGACCCCAGCGGCCGGAUGGUGAAAUCCUCCCUGCAGCGGAUCCUCAACAGCCACUGUUUCGCCAGAGAGAAGGAGGGGAAUAAACCCAGCGCCACCGUCCACGCCAACCGCACCAUGCCGCUUCUCAGUCUGCACAGCCGCGGCGGCCGCAGCAGCGAGAGCUCCAGGGUCUCUGUUAACUGCUGUAGUCACCUGGGUCCAGGGCCUCAGUGGUGCUCCGAUGCCCCUCACCCACCCCUGAAGAUCCCAGGUGGGCGAGGGAAUAGUCAGCGGGAUCACAGUCUGUCAGCUAACUUAGUUUACUCUGUAAGUACUCUGGAGGAACUAACGUCCAACGACAAGGCCAGAAUUCUCAACCUCCAGACCAGGCUCACAGACGCCAAGCGCGUCCACUGGAGGGCGGUGCUGAGCAGUGGCAGCCUGUACGUGGAGAUUCCAGGCGGCGCUCUGCCCGAGGGGGCCAAGGACAGCUUUGCAGUCCUUCUCGAAUUUGCUGAGGAGCAGCUGCACACUGACCACGUCUUCAUUUGCUUCCACAAGAACCGCGACGACAGAGCCGCCCUGCUCCGCACCUUCAGCUUUAUGGGCUUUGAGAUUGUGAGACCAGGGCACCCCCUUGUCCCCAAGAGACCCGACGCUUGCUUCAUGGCCUACACGUUUGAGAGAGAGUCUUCUGAUGAGGUCGGCUAGUGGCCGAGCCGCCUGCACCCCUCACCUUCGCCGCCACCCCCAGGUCACCACAGACCGCAGCCCCUUUGUCGCGCUUACGCCAGCGGUGUGACCAACUGCGCACGGGGUGCAGCUGCCAGGCCCGCCUCCCUUCUUCUGGGUUUGUCCGCAUGUUGUAAUUGUGCAAAUAAACGCUUACUCCAAAUUAGCGAUAUAUUUCUUGAAGUUUAAUAUUGUGUUUGUGAUACUGAAGUAUUUGCUUUAAUUCUAAAUAAAAAUUUAUAUUUUACUUUUUUAUUGCUGGUUUAAGAUGAUUCAGAUUAUCCUUGUACUUCGAGCAGGAAUUUAUUUGAAGUUUUGGAAACAGUUUUAGGUCUUAACUUGGAAAGACGUAUUAAUCUAUUCUAUUGCUCUCAAAAAUCAAAUAAAACUGAUUACAUCUCAAA